AUGCCGUCAUCACGUAAAUUUGUGCCUUUCUUGGAGAACGUCGUCAGUCACGCCGUGGUUGCGACCAUCCUGACGAUCAGCCUUGAACGGUUCCGCGUGGCCUGUCACAGCCAGUCCCACACCGGUCCCACGUCCCGCUUCAUCGUCGUCACGUUCGUCCUCAUCUGGAUCAUCUCGAUCACGUCGGCGGUCCCCGUCCUCUUCAUCACCGAGUACCGGAAGCGGAUGCUGCUGGACGGGACGCCGGUGUCCGUGUGCAUCACGCCCAUCCUGAGCACGUGGCACAAGGUGUACAUGGUCCUCAUCACCAGCCUGUUCUUCGUCGUGCCCUUCCUGUUCAUCGUGCUACUAUACAUGCGCGUCUGCUUCGCCCUGGUGUGUCAGUUCCGGAAGGAGGAGCGUCGGCUGGAGCUCUACCCGAGCGAGGUCGUCCGGCUGAAGCGGCAGAUGAUCCAGAUCAUCGUCACCGUCGUGCUCGUCUUCUUCGUCUGCCACUCGCCGUACAGAGCGCUAGCCAUGUGGACGAUGUUCGAAGAGGACGCCGUCCUCCGAAACAUCGACCCAAACACCUUCCUCUCUGUGUUCUACCUGGCGCGAAUCCUGAUGUAUUCCAACCACGCCAUCAACCCGAUCGUCUACAACUUCGUGGCCAAGAAGUUCCGGCGGGCGCUGCUGUGGGUGUGUUGCGACAGGCGGCGGAAGCGGUCGGGCAGCAGAGUCAAGUACGAGACGCCGCAGCACGACGCGCAGUGUGACCACGACUGUCAGACGCACGUGAUCAGACGAUCCUCGCGCCACAUGGUCGCCAUGGGCGUCCCCAACGUCAACGUGGAUGAGGUGUUCGAACACGCGAACCGAUCGCACAGAAACAACUUCAUGGUUCUCUAUGAAAACCUCUUGGUAUAGAAAUAAUCCACAUGUAUACAGGGUGUAUACUACCAAAUCAAAUCCUAUAGACGACAAUAAUAACAUAUGUGCCUAAAACUCCUACCUUCAUCGUAUCAAUCAACAUAAACGCCAU